AUGAUAACCACCAAGAUAGUGUACUGUAUUUGCGAGAGACUGCUCAAGUUAUGUGGCUGCCAUCAAACCGCCGACCAAGAUUUCCGCAUACGGAACCGUCCAUUCUACAAGAAUUUCUUAGCCUACAAACUGAAAAAGAACAAACCUCCCGAUCCUACAACUCCAGAAGAAAUUUCAGCAGUGCAUGCGACAACACUGCCUAUGGUGGAAUGGCGAGACCCAGUGGAGGAGGAUGUAGAAAGAAGCCUGGAGUCACUUAGUAGGAUCACAGGCUCUUCCAUUGGCGGAAGCAUACCCGCCGUAGAUAUACAUAAGGCAUUCAUUUUGGAUCAUCAAAGUCUUCCAGACGAUAAACAGAAACACCUUAAGCAGCUACGUAAUGAGAUUAAUCAGAGGCGAGAAGCUAUGGAUAAAAUUUAUGAUGAGGAAGAUCCCAUGGUGCUAUCUGGACUUCUUCUUGAAUGGUUGGACGGCCUGAAGCAACCGGUUCUUAAUCGGGAAGAUCUCUCCCUAAUAGUCGCGCGUGCGAAUAACACGGAACAUUGCAUGAUGGCAUUGCAAAUGGAGGACAUCUUACUUAUAGAAUACCUACUACGCUUUAUUAUACGCCUUCGACCGUUAGCAGCCAACAAAAAGAUCGAUAUAAUAAAACGCCUGCUUGCUUCCCUCACUCAUCAGACUAUUUUAAUUGGCGGAACAUGUCUCCCCAGUGGCAGAGACUUCCCAAGACUGCGAGAUGGGACAUGCAGUCAAGUUAUUAACUUCCUGCUGAGAAUGAUCGUAGAAAUACAAAAGGAUAUCUUGAAACCUGGAAGAGAUGAUACAGAUGUUGUCAUUCCACCACGAAGGUUAAGAAUAAAGGCUUGGAAAUAA